UUCACAUAAACGUGUCAGUGCCACACGAGUUGAUUUACUUUGAAACAUAAUUCAGUCUCAGCUUUUGCCGACGCAGACAAGAAUAUUGCUCAUAUAUUUCUGGUUUAUAGUUCAUUUUUCCCCUCACACGCGCACCUUAACGAGCGUGCCACCCGUGCGCUCCCAACACCACAACACCGGAGGGGGAGGGGGAGAGAGGGAGAGACGGAGGGAGAGGGAGAGAGGUGUUUACAUUGUGAACCAGACCUCAUAUUUCUCCAGCUGCACCACCGGGACAACAGCUGCUCCGCUUCUAUGUCACUUUGAAUCCGCACGCUUUUACGCACGGUCAUGGUUUUUACGCACAGGUGAACUUCUCUCCUCUCGUCGCUGCUCCAACUCAUCAAGUAAAGUAAGAAGGAAUCACACCUCGGUCCCUAUCUCCUCCUCCUUCAUCCUCUUUCCUGGUUGCUCGGAGGUGAACAGGUUAUCGGAGCCAUGUCCAGGAAGAAGGCAGUCAAAGCCAAAGGAAGCUCCAAGAGCCCCAAGGCGUCGCCGAGCAGCAGCGGCGGCAGCGGCAGGGACAGCGGGAGGACGGGGAAGGGUCUGGCCGCCGCUGCCGCUCCGUCCUCCGGACUGGUUUAUCCCAGCAGACCGUCCGUCAGCAACAGCGGAGAGUUUUACGACAUCGCCUUCAAGGUGAUGCUGGUGGGGGAUUCAGGUGUGGGGAAAACCUGUCUGCUGGUUCGCUUCAAAGACGGAGCCUUUCUCGCCGGGAGCUUCAUCUCAACUGUGGGCAUCGACUUCAGGAAUAAAGUUAUGACGAUUGAUGCAGUGAAGGUCAAACUGCAGAUUUGGGACACCGCUGGACAGGAGCGCUUCCGGAGCGUCACACACGCUUACUACCGCGACGCUCACGCUCUUCUCCUUCUGUAUGACGUCACAAACAAAUCAUCCUUUGACAACAUCAGGACUCACCGCUCACCGGGCCUGCAGCGUCGCUUCCAGCCUUUCCUGCAGAUUUUUUUCCCGCUGUUCUUGACCCCCCAGAAUUUCAUCUCCAACUAA